UGAUUUUCAGAAAAGGGAAUUUUCAAUUAACGUUAGGCCAGGUAGACGAUAGUAAUUCCUUGUCAAUGUUUCUGCCGAUGGUCCUCCGUUCUAGCAUUGCGGAGUUCCGACAGACUGAAAGCGGAUUAGCAGUCGCGCCCUCAUUGCUUGUCCAGCCUUGCGACUCCCUUCAUGCGUUUCUUAUAAAACCUACUCUCAAGCAUACUGAAGUGCAUUAACUUCUCCUCUUCUUUCAUCUCUUAUUUACUUGUCCGCACUUUUGCUCAUCUGCGAUCACACCACAUCAUGGCGACCGAAGCUGAACUUCGAUCACUUAUCGGCUCCGGCCCGCCUGCUUCUGUCACCGGACAGAUGGCGGCGAUGAAAUGGGCCAAGCAGAAUCCGCCCAAAGAUACAAAGUUAUCUUUCGCGGGAAAGACCGUGAUCGUCACAGGCUCAAAUACAGGAAUCGGCCUACCCGCCGCCACCAAGUUCGCUGCCAACGGCGCUUCUAAAGUGAUCCUCGCUGUGCGAACUCCCUCAAAGGGCGAAGAAGCAAAGCGCACUAUCAUCACACAGACGGGCUGUAGAGCAGAACAAAUUGAUGUUCUCAAGCUUGAUAUGGGCGACUGGGCUUCUGUCAAGGCGUUCGCAGCUGAGGUCACCAGCAGAUACGACGAGAUUCAAAUUGCAGUGUUGAACGCGGGUGUUGCCCCACCAAGAUUCGUCAAGAACGAGAAAACUGGGUACGAGGCAGCCCUGCAGGUCAACAUCCUAUCAACGGCCUAUCUCGCGAUGUUGUUACUUCCCAAGCUGAAGAGCAAUGCGUCAAAGGGUGUGCCAGGCCAGCUUACCAUCACUGGCAGCUUUGCAAGCAAGUAUGUCACAGCCGCAGACGUUGAGCUCAAAGCUGGCCAAUCGUUGAUCGACAAGCUCAACGAUCCUGCCUCUUUCAACGCUGGAAAGACGUAUGGAGUGGUUAAAUUAGUCACUCAGUACAUACGACAAGGGCUUGUCGACGACUUUUCUAGAGAUGCUCAAGGACAAACCGAUGUCUUCAUCAACGUUGCUUGUCCCGGCUAUUGUAUCACCGAUCUUGGACGGGAUUUCCCAUGGUAUCUCGCUGUACCGACAAAGUUGACACAGAUGUUGGUCGGACGUACAGCUGAGCAAGGAGGCCGCGAAUUGGUCAGCGGUUCGCUCCUCGGCAAGACCGGCCACAACCAAUUCUGGUCUAAUGAUCACUUUGAUGAUCCUGGCGAGAUGGUCACCAAUGAGCAAGGCAAGAAGCUGCAGGUGCAGACUUGGGGCGAGAUCCGCAGAAUCUGUGAGAAGCAAGGGUUGUGAGGUAUUAAGAGUGGAACGAUAUGUACGGAGAGGUGAUGCGAGACUGUAGCUGUCUCGUGUCACCAUCAAUACCCAAGGAUAAUUUUGCGUC